CGCCCGCCCACUCCUGCAGAUUUUGCACGAGUGUUCUUUCACGUAUCACAGCCCAUGAUGUGAGAUUGGUAUAUAAAGGAUGGAAACGGUCCACUUUAGAUAUCAGUUAUCCAGCUGAAUUCAAUCGUACAACAACUCCAGCAACAUGCAGUUCCUCAUCGUCGCCGCUCUCGUCGCUGUUGCCGCCGCCAAUUCCGCAUACCCGACUCCAGCUCCAGCUUACCCAGCAGCUCCAGCUUAUCCCGCCCCUGGAUACAAGACUGAAUCAUACCCCCCACAGCCGUACAGCUUUGACUGGGAAGUCAACGAUGCCCCAUCUUACAACAACUACGGCCACUCUGAGAAGAGCGACGGAAAAGUGACCACCGGAUCUUACCGUGUUUUGCUUCCCGAUGGCCGCACCCAGAUUGUCACCUACAAGGCUGACAGCUACGGAUACGUUGCUGACGUCAAGUACGAGGGUGUAGCCAAGUACCCCGAGUACAAACCCAGCACAUAUGCUGCUCCAGCUUACAAAGCUCCCGCAUACCCAGCAGCAGCUCCCGCUUACCCCGCACCUGCCUACAAGGCUCCCGCCACGUACUAGAAAAUGAAUGUUUACAUGAAUUUUUAUUGUUCAAGAAUAAUCCUAUAAAUGAACUAUUGUCGUGAUUUGAAUCAAGAGAAAUAUAUUAUGUAAAAAGAAA